UACUUGCAGCCUCCAUAUUAGUUUUAAACAAGCGCGCUAUUUAAUAACUGUCAUUUAUUCGUUACUUACAAAAUUGGAUUUCUGUUAUCUAUUUUAAAUUUUACUCUCUAAGAAGUCGUUCAAUUAUUUUAUUAAACUAAUGGCAUCAAAUAUCUUUUUACCUGCAAACGUUAAACAAUGGGAUUUAUUGGAUUGUUGCAGUUGGCUAGAUUCCAUCGGAUUAACUAAUUAUAUAGAUGCUUUUAAAGGAGAAGAUAUUGAUGGUUCAAUUAUUAACGAAAUAGAUGAUUUUAUGUUAAAGGAACUAAUUCCUCCAAUUAAAGACAGAAUUAUUUUUAAGAAAGAAUUAGCAUCAAAGAAUGUUAUAUGUGUAAGGUCUUCAUCACCUACGUUAAACUCAUGUAAUGUAAGUUUUACAUUAUCACCUGUUUGUGACAAUAACGAGGCACCAACUAUUUCUGAAUCUUUUAUUCAGUCAGAUAAACUAACAUUGCCCCCUAUUCUCCUUGCUGCUGUGGAAAGAAAAGAAAUAGACUUUAGUAUUCCAAAAAGGUCAAAACUAAAGGAGUAUGUUAUGGAUUUUCUUUUUGAUGUCAUGAAGCAACAGUACGGGUUAUUUCCAAGUACAAGUAACUUCUAUGAAAUAGCAAAUGAGCUUUUCCUAAGGUAUCCUUCUCUAAAACCUCGUCACUGCAAUGGCUCUGAACUUCUUGUGCAUUUGUUGAAGGCAAAAUUUAAGCGAGUUAGGCGUCCUCUUCUAAAUGAUGAGCAAGUUGCACAGUUUAAAAUAAAGUACUCUAGAAUUAAUUCUGGUCGUAAGCGAAAUUCUGUCUUGCUGAAUGAGUCUGUUAAUCUUUGCUCAGCAAAACGUCACUGCCAUCAUUCAAGUGAUAAGAAUGUGGAUGAUGGUAUAACUCAAGAUAUUAUAAAAAGCAUGAAGAAUGAGUGUCAGAAACUGUGCCCAGAUAUAGAAUUUUUGGCUCACCAGAUUAUCUUGUCUAUUGAGGCAUUAAAAUAUACAUGCCGAAAUGAAAGAACUUUGGAUGUCCUUAAUAAAUUCCCAGCACUUUACUAUGAAAAAGUUCUUUUUGCAGCAGCAAGAGUUAUAACAAAUACAGAUAUUGACAAUAACUGCUUGUUAUUAUUGGGUAGAAUGAAGGAGGGAAUGAAGAAGUUAAUAGAUUUAAAAAAACCUUUGUCAGCUAGAUGGCAAACAUUAUGCAAUGGGGUACUUGAUGAGAUUAGUGAUGCAACAAUAAAAAACCUUCAUUGUUUAAUUCUUCCAAGCAUUUUUUGUGACGAAGAAGCACUUUUGUUCACCAUGACGCUAGAUCCAAUCUAUCCAACUCCUGCUCUGAAAAUUGAAGGAGAUGCUAUAAAUCCAACACGAAUAAGUCUUGUAGUUGACGGGCUGACACUAAGCAAUUCUGUUCCUGAUGUAACUUGUGGUUUGGGUCUCGUCAUCUGCUCAUAUUAUAUUUUUGAUAUUGCGUAUCCAAAGAAAUUACAAAAAACCCUGUCUUUUCUAGAACAUUACGUUUUUGAACGAAGGAGUAAACUUCCUGCCAACAUUCAAAACAUUGCUAGUUUUUUGAACUUAUAAUAUUAAAUUAUAAAACUUAAUAA